AUGCCGCGGCAGCGACGCAAGAAUCGGCGACCUGCGGCCAAGUGCAAGAAGAAGCCGCAGAAGCCAGCACGCCCUCGGAGCUCAUCCAGAAGCUACAGCUACUCCCGAAGUCGGAGUUACAGCGGGAGCGAGGGCUCCUCAGAUGGACAUUCCGAUGAAGAUGACCCCAAGGACUACAAGCGAGGAGGCUACCACCCAGUCACGCCGUAUCAGUUGUACAACGCACGGUAUCGAGUUCUGUCCAAGCUGGGCGCGGGCGCCUUCUCCACGGUGUGGCUUUGUGCGGACGAGAAGGACCCGGGCACCGGCUUGGUGGCCAUGAAGGUUUGCAAGUCCAAGAAGAGUGUGGCCGAGCAGGUGAAGCACUAUGACUACCAGGGCAUUCCCUUAGACAUGUGCCGGCGGAUCUCAAGGCACACCCUUAGAGGCUUGGAGUACAUCCAUGCCUGCGGCGUGAUUCACACAGAUGUGAAGCUGGAGAAUGUGCUUCCGCCGCAGUUCGCAAGGCAUCGCUCGAUGUGCCGUUUGCUGCGCCAGGCUCGGAUAGCCCACCUGGCUUUCCAGGGGCAGAAGGCCAAGCUGGAGUGUCAGAAGAAGAGGCUGAAAAAGAAAAACAAGAAGGCCGCGGCCGCCGACGCAAAGGCCUCUGACGCCGAGGCGGGCAUCCGAUGUCAAGACACAGAGGUGCCGGAAAUUGCUCAGCCCGUGCCACCCGUCCGGCAACGUGAACGUUUUGAGUCCCUGAAGUUGGAGACUUUUGCCAAGCUGGCGGACUUCGGGAACGGCAUCAAGGUCACGCAGCGCGCGCAUGCAGUGCAUUCUUGGGUGAAGGAGGGUGAGAUGCUGUCAGCUGAGGAGGCAUGGAGCUUGCGAUGCCUCCUGCUGAGGCCUGGCUUUGAGCAGAUGCCCAUGCAUGUGCCAAUUGGGGGCCUGGGCCAGCAGGUGCCCAUGCAGCCGCUGUCGCAGCAACAGCAGCAGCUCUUGCAGCAGCACCUGUUGAAUCAGAAGAAUCAGCAACAUCUCCAGACCCUUCUGCUGCAGCAAGCUCUGGGCCAGUCUCAGCAAGCACAGCCUCAGCAGGCGCAGCUGCCAAACCUCCUCACGGGCCGCAUUGACCCUGCUGCACUUCCUCUCAAGACAUCACCCGCAACGAUGCCUGGCGUGACCACCGUCCCGUUCUAUCCAUGGAUCUACCCUCUGGACCAGUGCAUGGUUGGGAGCGGCCGGGCGCGUGGGGAGUGGUCGGUGUGCCUGGAGCAGGCUAGCCUUUUCGCUUUUCGUGUGCCGGGACGGGUCUCGGGCGUCUCCCAAGCGUCUUACUACGAGCGGGAGGGCCCUGGUUUGCUGGGCUUUGACCGGCCAUGGCAGCCAUGGCAAGAGUUCUCGGAGGAGGAGAGGCGAUCCCGUGGGCCGUUCAAGUUUGGUAACAAGGAGCAGGCAUCGGACUACGUGCUGGCGCUGAAAUACCUUGAGCGAUGGGAAUCGGAGCCCCAGGCAGCCGGCGAAGUCUUGGACCUGGGGUGCGGCGAUGCGCUCAUGGCGCGCCGUUUUGCUCAGAGCGAGCACUUCAAGCGCGUGUACGCCCUGGACAUCCUAUGGCCUCCGUUGGCUGCGGCGCGAGCCAAGGCCGAGGCUGAAAAGACGGGCCCCCAAGACGGGCUGUGGCUGCUGCGCGGCGAUGCGCAGAGUUUGCCCUUCCAGGAGGCGCAGCUGGACUUUGUGUGGUGGGGCUUGGGCAUCCACAAGGUUGAAAACGCGGAGGAGGCCCUGCGCAACAUCAGGCUUGCUUUGAGACCUGGUGGGCGGAUGAUUGCCACGACGCGGACCUUCCUGUAUCCGCCCUUCGAGCUGCGCACGAUGGCCAACGCUGCGGGCUUGGCCAACGUCACCGUGGAGUGUGUUGCCAAGGGCACCUCCGCAGAGCGGCUUUUGCUCAGAGCGGAAAGGGCCAUGUAA